AUGACGACAUCAGCACUAGCAGCUUUCACGCGGACAGUGCUAUUCCAUCGAUGUAGCUCAUCCGGAUUGCAAUUUAAUCCAAUUUUGAGGGCCUCUUCCGCAUUUUUCGCUACCGCCGCUAAUUCGGCACCAAAACCAAACGUAAAUGUUGGCACAAUUGGGCAUAUUGAUCAUGGAAAGACGACUUUAACAUCGGCGAUAACACGGGUACAAGCGAAAAAAGGAUUCUCGAAGCACGUCAAAUUUGAUGAAAUCGAUAAAGGAAAGGAAGAGAAAAAACGAGGAAUUACUAUUAAUAUUGCGCAUAUUGGCUAUGAGAGUAAUCUGAGAAGGUAUUCACACACAGAUUGUCCAGGCCAUUCGGAUUUCAUCAAGAAUAUGAUUUGCGGAACUUCUCAAAUGGACGUCGCCGUUCUCGUUAUUGCUGCCACCGACGGAGUCAUGGAGCAAACAAAGGAGCAUUUGAUCCUUGCUAAACAAGUUGGAGUCAAACACAUGGUUGUAUUCAUUAAUAAAGCUGAUUUAGUGGAAGACGAUGUUCUAGAUCUUGUGGAAAUCGAAGCGAGAGAGUUGUUAUCCCUACAUGGAUUUGAUGGUGAUAAUACACCGGUGAUUCGGGGAUCUGCUCUAGGUGCUCUUGAAGGCAGCAACACAGAAUGUAUUGAUAAUCUUCUCAACGCGCUUGAUUCGCUUCCCCAACCGGAUAGGAAUGAGAAAGAAGCUUUUGUGAUGCCGAUUGGCUCAAAAACCGCAAUCACUGGUCGCGGAACGGUAAUCGUCGGAACAUUGGAGAGAGGAAUUCUGAAGAAGGGUGACAAGGUCGAGAUUAAAGGUGAUGGGCAGGUUUUGCAAACUACGGCAUCAGAUAUUCAAGUUUUUGGAAAAAGUGUGAAAGAGGUUCGCGCUGGAGAUCAUUGUGGAGUUCUCUGUCGAGGAAUUAAGGCCGAUAUGGUCAAGAGAGGAAUGUGGGCUGGCCAUCCAGGCGGUGUAACCAUCACCAAUCACCUAAUGGUUGAGUUGUAUUUGCUAAGCGAAGCGGAGAAUGGACGGAAAAUUGGCAUUCGGACGGGAUUCACCGACAAGAUGUAUUGUAGCACAUGGGAUCAGGUUGGCCGAUUUGACAUGAAGAAUGAGCUUCUGAUGCCGGGCGAGCACACAUCAGCUCAUGUGAUUCUGAUGAAAGAAAUGCCGUUGAGAAUCGGAAUGCCAUUCACGCUUCGAGAAGGUUCUAGCAAAUCAACGAUUGCCCGAGGAAUCAUCUCCGAGCUGAAAUCAAGUGUGGCUAUUGAGAAUAAUAAUUUGAAAAAAAUGUCGACAAAAGUGGAUGAGGAGCUCGACAACUUUCUUUGGGGUCGCACCGAUGUCAAGGAUUAUUUGAAAAUGGUCGCCGAAUGCGAUCGCUCGGUGGCGGAAUCAUUAAAUCGAAAAGUCGCCGGAUUGCACGAGACGCUCGACAAACAGCUACGGAAAGGCGUCGAAACGAAUCUGCCGCGACUUCUUGAGCAGGUUCCGGCUCUUCAGUCGCUUGAAGACACGCUGCAUUCGGUUCAGAUGAGGAUGUCGUCGGUGGCCGCCGAAUCGAACAGAUUGUCGACGAUUUGUGGCGAAUUGUCGACGAUGUUGCGAGAGCAGACGAAACAAAUGGAAUCGACGAUGAUUCGACGGAAUAUGGCCGCUGAUACUCAACGAUGUGAGGAAUUGUUUGAAUCGUUGGAGAAGCGCAGCGAUUUGGUCAAAAAGGCUGAAAUUACGGCUGAGAUUAAAGAGAUUCUGAAGGACAAUGAGAAUUUGAGAAAGAUUGGUUGGCUGAAAAGUUUGAUUGAUACGAAAUUGAGUGUGGCUGAGAAUGAGGUUCGCAGGAAUGGUGCCGAAGAGCUCAAACGAGGACUAUCGUCGCUGAAUAGCUCAUUGGUAGCCUCGUCGCAGAGAGCACUGAGCACAUUGAACCUUCUCGAUUCCGAACUUGACGUUUUAUUGUCGUCGUCGAUUGUGGAACUUGACAAGAAACUGAUGGAAUUGUCCGGCGCGCCGGAAAUCGUCAACAAAUCGCUUCCGGUCGUCGCUGCGCUGAUUCAAACGCAUCUGGAACAGGCGGCGAUGCUUGGCGAUGGUUAUCGGAAAAAGUUCUCGGAAAAAUUGGCGAGACUAGUGAGAUCGAGGGUCCCGUUGGAUACGCCUUAUGCGCUCCGAUUUGUCCAACACCUUGGUCGUGUCUUCAACGCUAAAGGAGAUUGUGCUCCAGUGCUCAAUGACUCCCUUCGACCUUUGAAGAAUGCGCUUCUCACUCAUUCUCUUGCUCGUCUACAUCAGAUUGUUGAGGAGCACGACUUUUCCACAGCGCACGCAAACGCUUUUGUCGAUUUGAUCAACUCGGCGAUGGAAGAAGAAUUGAAAAAAGUGGAUUGGGAUGCGGAAUUGAGCCAAAAAAUGCACACGAAUAUUCAAAAAUGCAUUGAGAUGAUCGCGAAGAAGCUCGAAGCGAACUUGCAUUUGCAGCGAGAUGAUCUUUUGCUUGGCGAUCGAUUGACGGCUAAUCAGAUGACGAAUUAUCGAUUGAUUCAAACCGCCGACGGAAUUGUGAAACGAUGGCCGCAAGAAUCGAAAAGUGUGCAGAAUGUGCAGAAAUCGGCACUGGAUGAGAUAUUGAACGAAGUGAAAGUCUCGGUUAGAGCGAUCAUGUCGAGAAUGCAUAUCGAGAAGAGAGGCGCCAAAUCGAUUUCACCUUAUAUGCAGGAGCUUCUCACUUAUGCGACUCACAUCGACAUGCACAUGGCGCACGUCUCGCGCGCGGUUUGUCAUUCUCAUGUGCUCUCGCAAAUCGCUGAGUACGUUAUCGAAUCAUUUGUGCUCAACGCGUCGCUCGUGCGCACAUUCGGCACCGAUGAGCGCCAUCUCAUCGUCAUCGACUUCUCGCGUCUUCUCGAAGCGGUCCGAUCGAUGGAAUGGCCGUCGAAGUACGGCGACACGUCGAGAUUUUUGGAUUUGUUCAGCGAUGAUAUCGAUAUGAUGUGCAAGGUCGAAGGAAUCCGAAAAUCGAUAUUUGUCCAUCUUUUGAUCUCUGAUAGUCCGUCGGAUUUGAUGAGUCCGCACGAUUCGGUGGAUUGGACGAUUGAAGAGUACACGAAAUGGUAUGAAGAGCACACAGAGCAGGAGAUAAUUGCGCUAUUAAAUGGGCUCAUUUCGUCGUAUAACUCGCUAGUGAUUUCGAAAGGCCAACAACAAUAUGUUGAGCAUUAUCCGAGAAUUCUCAAGCUUCUUGCAGAAUCGUUCUAA